CAAAAGCCACAGCUAUCUCCCCGUAUCUCCCCCCUUAAAAAAAAUAUUUGUGCACGAAAAAAAGGGAAUACGCGUAAAAUACAAAGAGUGGUGACGGUUUGUUUUCGGUGCGCGACGGACGGCGACGAGGCGUCCCCGCGUCGUGCGGCAAGAGAAACGGCGGCGACAGGCAGGAGCAGUGGAGAGGGUGUUGUCCUGAUGCUUAAAUGGAAGUGGGUGGGCCUCUACGGUCACACACCGCCAACUUCUCUGUGGAUAUCAUUCUGACAAGCGCUAAUUUGCUCGUUUAUGGUCUGUCUAUCCGGUAAAAGAGGCAUACGACGGGGCUGCGAGGGGGCCGACGGGCCGGGGACGGUCACUGUGUUCUCCGUUAUUUCCGUUAUUUGGGGCUGCUUGAUUGUGCCUGCGCUUGGCACCGCCCUUCCUGGCCGGUGGGUGGUUUCGUCAAACGGGCAGAUCCGCCACGGCCCAGCGCCGAACAUAUAGGCCGUCCUCCGCCUCUGUACCCGGCCGGCCUUCUACCGUGAACUACACCCUCUCCCUCUCGGUAUAUUAAUGCGUUAUGAGUGACUCGAAGAAGGAAUCAUCUGGAACUGAAGGAGGGAAAGCAUCAAAAAAGGGGAAAAGUUCUGGAUCGCAGGAUUCCUCUCAGCCCUCUCCGUUGGCUCUGCUAGCAGCCACCUGCAGUAAGAUCGGAGGGCAGGGGGGAGUGGAGGGGGUCCAGGCCCAGGCAGGGGCCCAGCAGAUCCAGGUCCAGGCCGGUCAGAUCCAACUGCAGGCGGGUCAGCUCCAGGGUCAGAUAGUGGUGGACGCAGCCGGGGGUCAGGCCCUGGUGCCCCAGCAGCUGGAACUGGUCCCAGCUCAGUUCACGGGGAACGGCUGGCAGAUCAUUACAGCGGCUCCUACUAUGGCCAAGGAGAACACCAAUCAGCCUGUUGCAGUGACGGUGGCCACCACCUUGGCUAACGACAGCUCACCUGGUGGACGCAAGGUGAGGGAGGUGAAGGCAGUAGGUGGGACCAACAGUGUUGCAGCCAAUCAGCAGCAGCAGCAGCAGUUCCAGAUUAUCCAGGUUCAGAACCUGCCCAAUGCUGGGGGCGGGGUCCAAUAUCAGGUCAUCCCUCAUCUGCAGACUGCAGAUGGACAGCAGAUCCAUAUCAGCCCGGCUCAGACGGCCUCCAUCGGGGCUCUACCGGAGCAGGUUCAGCUCAUCCAGACCCCUAGCCCUGGCCAAACCCAGGCCAUCCUCCAGCCAGCCAACCAGCAGGCCAUCCUGACAAGUACAGCCAAUCAGACGGUCCCCCUGCAGAUUCGCCCCGCGCAGUCUUUCCCGCUGCAGCUGCAGACUCUGCCGAGCUCCCAGACUCCUGUUAUGACCACAGUACCCAUAAACCUCGGUGGCAUGACCCUGGCUCUGCCUGUGAUCAAUAAUGUCGGAGGGGGUGGGGCUGUGCAGCUUAUCCAAUCAGCAGAUGGCACAUUCUCUGUUGCCAAUGGCAACCAGCUGGUGACAACAGCAGUGUCUGGAGCGGCUCCUCCUGCAGCAUCAACUGGCUCAACGACGGCAGUAGCUGAAGGUGACAGUGUGUCUGAUGGGGCACAAGUGGUUUCUGCAGGAUCAGAGGGUGGACCAGCUGACACCCAAGUACAGAGCAGUGAGGCAGACUCUCAAAGCCAGAACCAGGCCAACGGACUGCAGAACCAGACAGACACAGCAGGAACCAUCCAGCAGGUGAUCGUGGGCCAGGUGGGGCACCAGUUGGUGCAGCAGAUCCAGCUGCAGCCCCAAGCUCAGAGUCAGGGUCAGGCCCAGGGCCAGCAGCAACCUCAGCACAUUCAGACCCUCCAGCUAGCCCCCGGGCAAACCCUCCAGCCCAUCCAGGCCUUCCAAAACCCAGCCCAGGUCCUUAUUCGCACCCCGACCCUGUCCCCCUCUGGGCAGAUCACCUGGCAGACGCUGCAGCUGCCCGGUGGGGUCUCCCUGCAGGGCGGCCUGGGGACAGCUGUGCCACAGCAGCUGACACUGGCCCCGGUGGCUGGUGGGACAACAGUGGGGAGUGGAGGGCUGGUCUCCCUGAGUGGAGCUCCCCUGACGCUGAGUGCAGCCCAGAUAAACCCGGGGUCGGGGGUUCAGACGGUCAGCAUCGCAGGCCUGGGCACUGCUGGGGUUCAGGUGCAGGGUGUUCCCCUCACCAUUACCGGUCUACAGGGUCAACCACAGGGUCAGGAUGGGGUCAAAGUCCAGUCGUCUCCCGUAACCGUCACUGUUGGCAACGUACCAUCAGGCUCGUCAAUGAGUCCGGACCAGCUAGGCUCCGUACAAAGUUCUUCAGACCAGGAGGGACCGCCCAGCAAGAGGCUUCGACGUGUCGCCUGCUCUUGUCCAAACUGCAGGGAUGGAGAGGGAAGGAAUAGCGGGGACCCCACAAAGAAGAAGCAGCACAUCUGCCACAUGGAGGGCUGCGGGAAGGUGUAUGGCAAGACGUCCCACCUGAGGGCUCACCUGCGCUGGCACACCGGCGAGAGGCCGUUCGUCUGUAACUGGAUCUUUUGCGGCAAGAGGUUCACCAGGAGCGACGAGCUGCAGAGACACCGGAGAACACACACAGGAGAGAAGCGCUUCGAGUGUCCUGAAUGCUCCAAGCGCUUCAUGCGCAGUGACCACCUGUCCAAGCACAUCAAGACCCACCAGAACAAGAAGGGUGGAGCCGCAGUGGCAAUCAUCACCACUGAAGACAUGGAGGAGGACACCCCUGAAGGCCUGGGCGCCUCCCCUCAGAUUGUCGCCGUGGCGACCCUCUCCCGUGACUCUGACCCCGCUACACCCACCACCUCUAAUCACCUGGAGGAAGAGGAGGAGGAAGAGGAGGAGUUUGAAUAGGCGACUGACUGCUGUUUCUUUGCAGAGAGGCUGACUUCCUGUUUUUUUGGGAGUCUUUGCAGGGACUGAAAGGGUGGCUACUUUUCUUUUCUUUUUUUUUUAAACUUUUAAUUUUACAUCAUUUUAAAAAUGUCGUUCUCUCAUGAAAAGGGACUCAAAAGAGACAGGAUCAUGCGAUGAACAGAAACCGAAAAAUAUUAACUUUACAAUCGAAAAUAAAAAAUAACUAACACAUAUAAUAACAAAAAAUUUAGCCUAAACAUACAAAAGAUUAGUUUGGCUUUUAUAAAAUGAAUCUAUAAUAAUUCCAUGCGCGGUGGGGAAAGGAAUGUAAGUAGUGUCUAGAUUAGCACAUGACAGGGGGACCUGCUGAAUCUAAAACCAUCCGACUUCGAGAAACAUUUUCGUAAUCGCAACAGAAUUUAACUCUAUGCACAAAGUUGUGUUCCUGUUUCAUACCUGUCAGACAGUGCUGAGGGUCAAUCAUGGUACAGGACUGUUGCAGAGCAGUGACAGAGCAGGGAGAGUCUUGGGAUGGUGAGUAUGCCCGUGUGUGUGUGUGUGUAGAUAUAUAUAUAUAUGAAUGAGUGUGCGUUUGUAUUCCCAUGCUGUCAUGGAGAGGAUCUACCUAAUUUGAGUUUUAUUCAUGGUUCAGGUUUAGUCCUCGAAUCAGAUUCAGGUGUUGAUUUCCUUCGAGACCAGUCAACGGAUAAACUGUUAUUGAGGAAGAGAGGGGAUGAUUAAAAAAAAAAAAAAGAGUAGAAAAAAGCACAUAUAAAAAGAUUUAUAAAUAAUGCAUUCCUAUUGAGGUGCAGUGGCCAUUAGAAAAAAAAAGGUUUCUAUAGAGAAAAACAAUCUAGCUUUCUACAACUUUGUUUGUGUAGUGAAAGCAAUACUAUAAUGACAAUCCUAGUGAAACCAUGUUUACAUUGUCAGGGGAAGUUUUCUCUGUUUAUAAAACAAGCCAGUUCGCUCUAAGAUUAUGGUGAACAUCUGAAAGCGGUGCUGUUGCCCAAACAAAGCUGGUUACAUUACAGCUACCACAGAGAGUCAUCAACAUCAUGUCUGCAACUACCGUGAGAUGGUACCUGGUAGACGUAAUGGACGGGUUUUGUCAGGCAGCUGGCACAGUCACUGAUGUUGCUUUUUGCUCUCUGUGCUCUGGUCACGACCCCCCCCACAACCACCACCAUACACACACACACACACACUCCUCCACCACCUCUAACCAAUGUACUACAAUUGCCUUAACACAAGCUGUUGUACAGAGGGAAAUUCAGAGUGAGGUGGACACAGAAAGAUGGGAGUUCUCCUGCAUUACUUCAGGAGGAGGGGUGGGGUGACGUGGAGAGCAGGCCACAGCACAGAGAAGCAAAGUGAGGCGGUGGUAAGCGUGGCGGGGUGGGGCGUGGGUCAGGCUAUUUCGCUAUGUGGAUAUUUGAGAUGUUUUCUGGUGGUGUUGCUCUGUGUUAGUUCAGUGCGUACAUAGUUUUUAAAUUAAAAGAUACUUUUAUUUUAUAGAAUUUAUCGAUUGUUUUAAAAAAAAGUCCCCUCCCCAAUAUGUUAACACACAGGACCCCACUGUGUAUGGCUAAUUUAUUAUUUAUCCUUGAUUUGUAAUAUUUGCCUUUUGCUGGACUUGUAUUUGUGUGCGUUGAUUCUGAGGUUGUGUACAGCAUGUUUCAGUUUUUUGCCGUAGUGCUGCUUCUCUCUCUUCUUUACUCUUUGUGCUUCUUUUUCUUUUUUUAAAAUCUACGUCUGACCAUUGCUGUUCAUUUUCUUCUUCUCUUUGCACCAUAACAUGUUUUUGGAGUAAAAUAAAUAACAAAAAGAAGAAGAAAGCAAAAAAAGUUACUAUUGUUUAAAGUUGAAAAGGUUGAUACCAAACAAAUUUAGAUGUUUUUGGUAAUAUUUUGUGUGACAACCAACUUUUUUUUCUUUGAUAUUUUGUAGUGACAUCUCAUUUGUAAAUCUUUUUCUAAAGAUGUUUGUUCGUCUCCAUGACAUUUGAUAAUGGGUUUUUUGCCAGGUUAGCCUCAAAGGCUCCAGUUUAUCGAUAUUUUUAAAACUGGUUUGUACAAACGUGUUAUGUCAAUAAAAAAGAAAAAAAAGGAUUUCAAGCAGAAAAAAUGCUUUGCCUGCAUAACACUUGACAAUAAAGUGAUUAAAACUUAAAUUCCUCUCUGA